AUUGGUCGACGGUCGCGCACCAAUCACGAGUAUACAUCUGGAGGGUCACGUGCCCAACCGGCUUUGAUUUACAAGCGCUGAUCAUAGCUGCUGCUAGGUCUUUGAACGUGGUUUCCUGAGCUCGUCGCUGGCCCUAGGUCCUCAUCAUGCGGAUCGUGUGCUUGUUGCUGCUUCUCGUAGGCACGGUCUUCGCCGACCCCAAGGUGUACCUCAAGGAAGAGUUCGCCGACGGAGACGCCUGGACGAGCCGAUGGGUACACUCCACGAAGAAGGGAAGCGAGCAGGGAACUUUCAAGCUGUCCGCCGGCAAGUUCCACGGCGACCCGGAGAAGGACCUCGGCAUCCAGACCUCUGAAGAUGCCCGCUUUUACGGACUGUCCACCAAGUUCGAGCCGUUCUCGAACGACGGCAAGACCCUGGUCGUCCAGUUCACGGUGAAGCACGAGCAGAACAUCGACUGCGGCGGCGGCUACGUGAAGCUGUUCGACUGCUCGCUGGACCAGAAGGAGAUGCACGGCGAGUCUCCGUACCACAUCAUGUUCGGGCCGGACAUCUGCGGGCCCGGCACCAAGAAAGUGCACGUCAUCUUCAACUACAAGGGCAAGAACCUGCUGAUCAACAAGGAGAUCCGCUGCAAGGAUGACGUGUACACCCACCUGUACACCCUGAUCGUGAAGCCGGACAACACGUACACGGUGAAGAUCGACAACGAGGUGGUGGAGAGCGGCGAGCUCGAGAAGGACUGGUCCUUCCUGCCGCCCAAGAAGAUCAAGGACCCCGCCGCCAAGAAGCCCGAGGACUGGGACGACAGGGCCAAGAUCGACGAUCCGGAGGACACCAAGCCCGAGGACUGGGACCAGCCCGAGUACAUCCCGGACCCUGACGCGACCAAACCCGAGGACUGGGACGACGAGAUGGACGGCGAGUGGGAGCCGCCGCAGAUCAACAACCCGGCGUUCAAGGGCGAGUGGAAGCCGAAGCAGAUCGACAACCCGGCCUACAAGGGAGCCUGGGUGCAUCCAGAGAUCGAUAACCCAGAGUACAGCCCGGACCCCAAGCUGCACAGCUACAAGGAGAUCUGCACCCUCGGCUUCGACCUGUGGCAGGUCAAGUCCGGCACAAUCUUCGACAACAUCUUGCUGACUGACGACGAAGAGUAUGCCCGGCAGUACGGCGAGGAGACUUGGGGAGCCACCAAGGAUGCCGAGAAGAAGAUGAAGGAGCAACAGGAUGAGAAGGAGGACAAGGAGGCAGAGAAAAAGGACAAAGAGGAUGAGAAGGACGAGGACUUCGAGGAGGAGGAUGAUGAGGACAAGAAGGAAGACGAGGAGGCGCCGGCUGGCGGCGAUGCUGAGGAAGAACACAAGCACGACCACGAGGAACUUUGAGGACAUCUUCGACAAAAUGGGGGCAUAUGGGACAUUGGGUGGGGUGUGUGAACCGGCGGCUCCCUCCCUCGAAGAGGCGGGGGAGCUGUCAAUCUUUUGUACAGACAUCUUUAUCAUUUCAGUCACUCCUUUCUCCCAUGUGAAGUUGUUGAGAUGGCGAUUUAAUAAAAAAAAAAAACAGAUUACUUGUGUA